AUUCCGCUGCCGCAUUUCCAAACAACAGUCAACCCCUCACCUGCGAUGUACCUCUUACCUUAGGAAGCAAUUUAGUCCAAAAGCGAACGACACUUGGCCAAGAAAAGACUAGACGGAUUGUCUUAUUUCAUAGGCUUCAAAGAGUUUGUAAGUGCUUCAAGAUUUUAUAAGGGGACUGCGCAAAUUUCUAUCGUCUCAAGAAAUCCUGAGCACAGAUUGUGUGCCUGGCAUCGAUCUUGCAUUGAUUCUCGCUGUCUUCAAUCUAAAACUCUCUGCUUGAUAUCAAAGUCCCAAAGCUAUCUAAAACUCGGCAAAUACGAGACAAUGUCUCUAUCCACUGUUGUACUCAUCACCGGAGUCAAUAAAGGUAUUGGCAAGGGACUUCUGGAGAAGUACCUCGCUCGACCCAACCACACUGUCAUCGGUAGCGUACGAGACACCAAGGCCCCAGCAUCGCAAGAUCUAGACAAACUUCCCAAGGCAGAAGGCUCCAGGCUCGUCCUCGUCGGCAUCGAUAGCACCUCAUCAACCGACACUCUUCAAGCCUUCAAGGACGUCGAAGCAGCUGGAAUUGAGCAUGUAGACCUCAUCAUCGCCAACGCCGGCAUGGGUCCGAUGCCACCCAAGAAGCUGGACACCGCCGAGAUCGAGACCGUGGAAUAUGCCCUGCAGGUUAACACCCUGGGCCCCAUCCGUCUCUUCCAGGCUUUUAAGCCGCUUCUCGACAAGUCCAGUUCACCGAAGUGGGUGUCGGUGUCGAGCGGUGCUGGGUCUAUCACCAACUGUGAGAAAUACAUGGCGUUCUACGCCGGUGCUUACGGUGUGUCCAAGGCUGCCCAGGACUGGUUUACCAUAGCUAUCCACGCUGGGAACCCUUCGCUGGUCGCAUUUGCCAUCCACCCUGGCCACGUACAAACAGAUAUGGGUAACAUUGGUGCACGGAUUGUGGGACUCAAAGAGGCACCUCACACUAUCGAGGAGAGCACUUCGAAGACGAUAGACUUGAUCGAUAAAGCAACCCGCGAAGGUACUUCGGGCAAGUUCAUCAACGUCAUCAACGGCCAGGAGAUUCCCUGGUGAAAUGACGGCUCGAACCAUUAAUCAUGUAGAUGAGAGACGGGCCUUGCAGAGUAGCCAGCUUGCAACUAAAGAAUGGAGUGAUUGAUGAUCUACUUCGCUGGCUCGGCCUUGGUAUCCUCGUGAGCAACAGCGUACAGGGGCUUGAGAUUUCCCAUCUUGUCACAUGCGGAAAACUUGCAGCACUUCUUCUUGAAGCGAUAUGUGAUGUGCCUGCAGAUAAGUUUGACGACUGGUGGCGCAGGAGGCCAGCUAGCCCACUGGUCGUCUUCGAAAGCAACAUCGUGAUUCGACAAGCAGAAUGGCAGGCCCUUGAUCAAGCCGAGAGUUUUCUAUGAGUAAGAGUUGAAAACGUCAGC